UCGCUCGCGCCGCUCGCGGGGCCCGAGCUGACGCCCGUGCAGGCCUGGUUCGAGCUCGCGGCCCGGUUCCCCGCCGCGCUGCUGCUGCGCGCCGACGUGUCCGACGCGCUCAAGCGGGGGUUCGUCGGCGUCGUCAAGUGCGUGCGCUUUGGCGCCGCCGUCGAGCGGGAGGCCUUUGAGGGCGUCGUGUUUCGCGUGCUCGGGGCGGAUCCUUGUCCCGUAUAA